CGUUCCACAUCAACGUUUGCCCUAAUCAAUCGAAGAAGAACGACGGCGAUGGAGAUGGAGAAGCAGAAGCAGAGCACUGAGGAGGAUCUUCACAUUGAUAAGAAGCAGAAGGAGAUCACUGAGGAGGAUCUUCACAUCGAUAAGAAGCAGAAAACAGAGAAUCAACAGGAUGAGGCAGCUAAAGCUCCUCGGUCUCUGAAAAAGCCACGCAAAAAUAAACAGAAGCUGGAAAAGGUCGAAUAUAAUUUGGGUUUUAGCUCAGGCAAUAUUCUGCUUUGCCCGCCAAUUUGCUGCCAUUUGUAUCCGAACAUAUAUGAUGCUCAAGGAGAUAAACACUUUAAAAACUGGAUCCUUGAAGAACAACACAAACGCGUAGUCGCAAUGAAGAAUCUAAGGAGGUGGUAACUAGUGCAGUAUUAGUAGUACUCUUUGAUUAUUCCUAUCUUUAACCCUAAUAUAACAAUAGUUCAGAAGCUUAAUUUGCUUAUUGGUAUGUACUAGUAAGGACUGAAUUUUUAUGUUAGUGAAUGCAUUAAGUAACUUGGAAUCUAAUUAGAUAAAUGCUAUGCUUAUCUACCUUUUACUAUAUGUGGUCUUACCUUAGACUCUUGUGGUUCGGCCCUUCCUCGAACCACGCGCAUAGCGAUAACUUAAUGCACUGGGUUACCCUUUA